GCUUUAAAUUAUUUAUGUUGUUAUAAUGAGUUGUAUUGAAUUAAAAUGAUAGAUUAUUGAUAUAUAGAAUGAGUAUCACACGUGUCUAUAAACCGAAGGAAUAGGUGGGAGAAGAAAAUAAUAAGGAAUAGUUAUUCUUAUUCUUAUUAUAUUAUAAAUAUAAGUGUAUUGGAGUAAAGUAGUAUCUCUUUAGAUUCAACGUGUUCUAUCUGCUGAAAAAAUAUAAUAAAGAGAUACCGAGGCUGAGAAAGGAAGGAAGCUUUAAAGCUCAUUGGCAGUAGUAUCAUCAUUACUCCGUUAACUCGAGUACAAUCAACCGGUUGGUAAAUACUUUGCUCGGUAAAAAUAUUUUAAAUGGAUAACAGUAUUAUUAAAUUGGCGGGAAGAUUCGGAAAAAAGUACUGAAUAAAUUUUAAUAAAAUUAUUAAUUUUUUUUUACUUGUCAAACAAUGGAUUUGUUUUUUUGACACAAAAGUUUGCCGACUUUCAAACAAAGAGCUGCUGGUUUAGUCAUUAUUUAUACAAUUAGUCCGUAUUAUUUCACACCGCGCUCGAUUUAUUAUUUUCGAAUAAUUCCAUUUCUGGUCUUUAUAAGAAGAAUAUACAUAAAAAAAAAGUAUGGCGGAUAUAAAUGGACUCUGGAUCUUUGGAUAUGGAUCCCUUUGUUGGAAUCCCGGAUUUGAAUUCAAUAGAAGUAUUACUGGGCACAUUAAAGGAUUUGAACGGAAAUUCUGGCAAGGAAAUGCUACACACCGUGGUACCGCUGAAAAGCCAGGACGUGUUGUCACACUAGUGGAAAACAAAGAGGAAAUAACAUAUGGACGAGUCUUUGAAGUAAAAGGAAGCGCAGCAUUGCCGUACCUCGAUAAUCGGGAAUGUAAAUUAGGUGGUUAUUUAACAACAAUAACCACUUUUUACUCUCGUGACAAGAAGUUUUGUUUUCCAGUUGUUGUUUACAUUGCAACACAUGACAAUGAGCACUGGCUUGGUGAUGCGCCUUUGAAAGACAUCGCUGAACAAAUUCUAAACUCCAAGGGUCCUAGUGGUCACAACGUUGAAUAUCUUUUGAGACUUGCUGAUUUUAUGCAUCGCUUUAUACCUGAGGCUUUUGACGACCAUUUAUUUACACUGGAAACAAUAGUUCGAGCUAAAAUAAAAAAGCAAAAGUUAUGUUUGAACACCUUAAUGGGUAACCGUGAGUUUACUGUUGAGCUAGAAACAGCCGCCGAUUUAGAAAUAGGUCAAAGUAAUAGUGACGAUGAAGAUAUUAAUGGAAACAAUGAACCUUCGGCUCAUUCCUUCCAAUACACGUCACGUAUUCCCGUCAAAACGUUGCGUUGCCUAAAACCAUAAUCCAUUAUUGUAUUAAGCUGCUUUUUAUAGUUAAAUCAAUAACAAGUCAUAAAAUCAAUAUUAUUCUAACAAAAUUUUUACUAUCUAUGUAAUAGUUUUAUUUUUUUAUAAUCAUAAUUUAAUUUAUAACGAUGAAUAAUUAUACUACUUAUUCUAAGUAAAUAAAAACUUUUUAAUAAUUA